GCAGGUGUACAAGGUAGAUUGUCAAGGGAGACCUGUAGAGAGGUUCACAGGGAGGAGUCUGGCUCCAUAGAACAACUCUGUAUUUAAAACCGUUGCAGAUGUUUGUGGUUUAUGAACGUUCUGUGUAGUGGCCAGCAAAAAGACAGAAGGAUUUCAACCUAGAAGCAUUUAUCAAUUCAGAUUUUUUGCCAUGAACACAGAAUGAAUCAAAAACAGAUUACAAACACAGGAAUCUAUGACGAUGGAGGAAACUCUGGUAACUACACAUGGCAGGUUAAAGCCAACGACAGGAAUUUUAACCGGUCCCUUUCAAGGAAAAGAAAAUAUGCAGACAACAGCAUUAAAACGAGCAAAUACAACGUCUUAACAUUCGUUCCCCUUAAUCUGUUCGAGCAGUUUCACAGAGUGGCUAACGUAUACUUCCUGUUUAUAAUAAUCUUACAGAUGGUUCCAGCCAUUUCUACUGUGCCCUGGUUCGCCAUAAUGCUGCCCUUGCUUUUCCUCCUGAUUAUACGAGGAAUCAAAGACCUCAUUGAUGAUAUAUCACGAAGCAAGAGCGACAAAUCCAUAAACAACAGGCCAUGCGAUAUUCUCAAAGGACAAAGCUUCUGCGCAGAGAAGUGGAAGGACAUACAGGUUGGUGAUAUCAUUCGACUACAAAAGGAUGAUUUUGUGCCUGCAGACCUACUUUUGCUCUACAGUUUGGAACCUAACAGCCUGUGCUAUGUGGAAACAGCAGACAUAGAUGGAGAGACAAACCUCAAGUUUAAACAAGCCUUGAUGAUCACUCACAAGCUACUCAGUACAACCGAAUCAAUGGCAGCUUUUAAUGGUAAAGUAACCUGUGAGGAGGCCAACAGCAACCUGCACAUUUUCACCGGAACAUUGGAGUGGAAUGCUGAAAAGUAUUCUUUGGACAAUGAUCAUAUUUUGCUACGAGGUUGUAGAAUACGGAAUACUGAGACCUGCUAUGGAUUGGUCAUUUAUGCAGGAAUUGAUUCCAAAAUCAUGAGGAAUUGUGGCAGGGUCCCAGUGAAGAAGACAAACUUGGAUAUGAUGAUGAACAAACUUGUAAUUAUUGUAUUUGUGAUUCUGAUUUUUUGCUGUCUAUCACUGGCCAUUACUUCAGGGUUUUGGGCCAAAUGGUUCAUGGAAAAUCACAGCUAUAUUCCUCCUCUAUCAAAUAAUGCCAGUCCAGCGUACAGUGCAUUCCUUACCUUCUGGGGAUAUGUUAUACUGAUGAGCACCAUUGUGCCAAUGUCUAUGUAUAUAACGCUUGAGUUUAUCCAUCUGGUUCACAGUAUGUUCAUUGACUGGGAUUUGGAAAUGUAUUUUCCUGAAAACAACACACCAGCAAAAGCUCGAUCCACAAGCCUUAGUGACCUGCUUGGACAAGUUGAAUACGUAUUCUCAGACAAGACUGGAACGUUGACUCAGAACGUUAUGAUAUUUAAAAAAUGCUGCAUCAAAACACAAAUCUACGGUACAAAUGUAGAAAAUGAGAAGAACAAUCAGGCGGUAGACUUCAAGUGGAAUAAAUAUGCAGAUAACAAGUUCUGUUUUUAUGACGAAUCUCUAAUUGAAACGGUUCGCCAGAAUGAAGACGAGAUUUUGAGGGAAUUCUUUAGACUGCUUGCAAUAUGUCACACAGUGAUGGUAGACCGAAAGAAAGAGGAAUUAAUCUACCAAGCUGCAAGUCCUGAUGAAGAAGCAUUAGUAACAGCCGCCAGAAACUUUGGGUAUGUUUUUCUUUCUCGUACCCAAGAUAGCAUCACUACAAAUGAACUUGGAGUAGAGAGGACCUAUGAGGUACUGGCUCUUAUGGACUUCAAUAGUGUCCGCAAAAGGAUGUCCAUCUUAGUGAAAGACCCUGAAGGAAGGAUUAAGCUUUACACCAAAGGGGCAGAUGAUGUUAUUCUUGCACGCAUCCAUUCAGAUUGUAAAGAUGGUGAAAUAACAGAGAAAGCACUGGAAAUGUUUGGAAUGGAGACCCUCCGAACGUUGUGCAUUGCUUAUAAAGAAGUGGAUGCUUCGUUCUACACAAAAUGGAUUCAAAGAUAUUAUGAGGCGAGUGUGUCGUUGCAGAAUCGUGCAGAGUUUCUAGAGAUGGUUUAUGAAGAAAUGGAGACAGAUCUACAGCUGCUAGGUGCAACAGCCAUUGAAGAUAAAUUACAAGAUCAUGUUCCAGAAACAAUACAGCUGCUAAAAGAUGGAAAUAUAAAAGUGUGGGUGUUGACUGGGGACAAACAAGAAACUGCAAUCAAUAUUGGUUUCUCGUGCAAGUUACUUUCUGAUGAUAUGGAGAUAUUGGAUGAAAAACAGAUUUGGGAUAUUCUGGACACUUACAGGGAGGAUAACAACAAUCUGUCAAACAGUGGGCAAGAUCUUCUGAGCAUCAACGUUUUCAGGAAAUAUGGAGACAGUCUAAAAGGGAAGAAGAUAGGUCUUGUUGUCAAUGGUGAUCUCUUGGGUCGAAUUGUGGGCACCUGUAAACAAAAACAGGACAGGACCUCACUUUUGAACAGACUAGCGGAUAAAUAUUUCAAGAGAGAGCAAACUCAGUACCAAAGUGAGGAGAGCCUGAGAGAAUGGGCAUUUGUAGAUUUGGCAUCCCAGUGUCAAGCUGUUAUCUGCUGCCGGGUCACACCGAAACAAAAAUCUAUGGUUGUUCAGCUUGUAAAGAGAUACAAACAGGUUACCACCUUGGCCAUUGGAGAUGGGGCCAAUGAUGUCAACAUGAUAAAAACUGCCGAUAUUGGAGUUGGAAUAAGUGGUCUAGAAGGAACUCAAGCUGUCCAGUCCAGUGACUAUGCAUUGGCUCAGUUUUGCUACCUUCAACGUCUUCUCUUUGUCCAUGGACGGUGGUCUUACCUCCGCAUUGCCAAGUUCUUACGUUAUUUCUUCUACAAAACCUUUGCCAGUGUCCUCAACAAUGUGUGGUUUGCCUUUUUCAGUGGAUUCACAGCUCUGAUGGUUUAUGACAGCUGGUUCAUAGCAUUUUAUUCUGUAAAUUUCACAGCGUAUCCAGUGCUAUCUCUUGGAUUAUUUGAACAGGAUGUGAGUGCAAAAGUGAGCCUGAAGCUGCCUGAAUUGUACAAAGUGGGGCAAAUCGGUUCUCUCUUCACCUACAGGUUGUUUUUCUGGUCGCUCUUGAAAGGAAUCAUGACAUCAUUGGCAACAUUUUUCAUAACAUAUGGGGCGUUUGUAGAUGCUGCUGGACCCGAUGGUAUCUGUGAUUACCAGUCAUUUGCAGUAACACUGGCCACGUCUGUCCUCCUGGCUGUCACUUUGGAGAUCGCCUUUGAGAUCUCAUACUGGACAAUCCUAUCAGGACUUGCCAUUCUCAUCAGUCCAGUAUCUUAUUUCCUGCUUUCACUUCUCAUGCAAACAAAUCCACUUUUCAAAGCCAUGCCAACAGUAUUUCCAUUCGUAGGUGUCAGCCGAACUGUGCUAAAAUAUGGAUACGUUUGGCUCAUCAUAUUGUUGGCAGGGGUAACCAGUGUUGUCCCUUCACUUAUUGCCAGUUUUGUGACCAAGCACAUUUGCCCAAACCAGGUGAACCAUCGGGAUUUCUACAAAGCUCGGCAAAAAAGUGAAGUAAAUACUGUCGCAAUGACAACACCUUUUAAUCGUGGAAGUGUGCGCCGCAGGUCCAGCUAUGCUUUUUCACACAAAGAAGGUUAUGCUGACCUUAUUACAACAGGGACAAGUCUGCGAAGGACUAAAGCGAGGGAGUCUGUUGCAUCAGCAUCAAGCAUCACAAAAACAGAGCUUCCCAACUCUUUGGAUUAUAACUAAUAUUAGAUACAUCCAUUAAAUAGAACUACUUUGUACCAAUGGCCUAUUGUUAUACUCUGACUCAAAAAUGUAUACAGAGUCUUAAAAUUGUGAAGAUACAAGUACUCUUUUGAAAAGUCGACCUUUAAAAUAAUUAAUAUCAAAUUGCUU